UUGUACUGUUCUUAUUAAAUGAAAUAGUUUGCCGACAAAAAAAAGACUACAUAUUAUUAGUCGUUAUUUGACUUUUCUCAUUCGCUGCUAAUUUUCUUUAAAUAAUAGGGGUUUGUAGGGUAAAAACGAAUCAUUUGUCACUAUUUUAAAACUGUCGAACAAAAUGGUUUCCAAAACUUUGAUGCUUGUGGUUCUCUUUGCAGUUUUUGUUGUCGUCUCUGAAGUAGCCAUGGCAUCUGAGAAGCAGUCUGGCACUGUGAGCGCAGAAAGUGAAGAAACACUGUACCCUGAUCAAACAAGCUACCGAGCAGACCUCCCACACGGCCGAGCAUACGGGGGAUGUUUCAAGUCUUCUUCGCAUAACCAUCUCAUGGUGGUUCUGUGGUUGUUAGGAUUCGCCAUAUGUGGAUUUUAGGUCAUGAUUCAAGUUUUCUCAUGUGAUUUCAUGGAUGAUUACUCAUUAAUACCUUUAAUAGCAUGAAAAUCUGAAUUUCUGUAGGAUUUAUAAGUUUGGGAUGCCCACACUUAACCAAAAAAAUGUCUCUUCCACAUCGUGUAAAAAUAAAAAAUGACUAAUCAUGUAAGAUGAAUGAUGUCCAGUCCAAAAUUUUAAUAUUAUUAAAAAUAACUGAUUAUAUUAACUAAAAUUAGUGUUUUUAAUUAAUAAUAUGUAAAUAUGACAUUUUAAACUUUUUAAAAUAAAUAAAAUAUUU